AGAACACUGGUGAAACAGCCCAACAUGGCCUCUCUCAGCUUGGUAACUCUGGUCAGCGUGGUGUCCACUGUUUUCGCCAGGCAGCUGGACGCCCACCCACCCCAGCAACAGCACAGACACUGGGCCCAGAUCUGCAGCGGGAAUCCCACCAACAAAAUCCGGGGCUGUGACCGCUACGGCUGUGGCCAGUUCGGUGCCGACAGACAUGAGGGUAAGGGCCACCACAAGCACGUGGGUGUGGAUGUCAUCUGCGCUGAUGGUGCUACAGUCUACGCUCCCUUCAGCGGACAGCUCUCCGGACCCAUCCGAUUCUUCCACAAUGGAAAUGCCAUUGAUGAUGGAGUCCAAAUCAAGGGAUCAGGUUACUGUGUGAAGCUUGUCUGUAUUCAUCCCAUCCGGUACCAUGGCCAAAUCCAGAGAGGGGACAGGCUUGGGAGAAUGCUGCCAAUGCAAAAAGUAUUUCCUGGCAUUAUCUCUCACAUCCAUGUGGAGAACUGCGACCGCUCUGAUCCUACUCAUCUACUUAAGCCUGUUGUUCCACCAUUCCCACAACAAGACAGACGCUGGGCAACACUGUGCUCUGGGAAUCCUACAAACGAGAUCAGAGGCUGCGAUAAGUACGGCUGCGGAUACUACGGAGCUCCAAGACACAGUGGUAAAGGAAAGCACAUGGGUGUGGAUGUCAUCUGUGCUGAUGGAUCAAGCGUGUACGCCCCCUUUUCUGGGGAGCUCUCUGGACCCAUUAAAUUCUUCCACAAUGGAAAUGCCAUUGAUGAUGGAGUUCAAAUCCAAGGAUCAGGCUUCUGUGUAAAACUACUCUGCAUCCAUCCCGUCAGAUACAGUGGUAGAAUUUCUAAGGGACAACUCCUUGGGAAAAUGUUGUCUAUGCAAAGAGUAUUUCCUGGGAUCACAUCUCACAUUCACGUUGAGAACUGUGAUCACUCAGAUCCUACUCGCAAUCUUGAAGGGGGGAAAUCACCAAGAGUGUGAAAUGGAAAUGCAGCAAAUUCCAAAUAAAUUCAUUUCAG